UCCAACCAGAACGGGUGCGUGCCUCUGUAGGGUGAGGCUGAUCUACUUGUCUCCCAUCUACACUUUCACCGUCUCGACUCUGCGUAAAGACGCACAGGACGCGCGCUGUUCCACUGUGUCUCGCACUCGCACGGAUCUCAGUCACAACUCUCCUCAGCUUCCGAACGCAGCCAUGUCGUUUCGCUGUGGGAUCGACUACACUCGGUGCAAGUGCAUCCUGCCCUUGCUGCUGAUCUUCGCCUGUAUUUUUGACCUCAUCGCCAUCGCAGCCAGGUCGGGAUGGGUGGAGAACGAGAACAAGUCCCACUACGGCAGUAUGUGGGACGAGUGCCGCGGCAAGAAUGACGUCUGGGACUGCAGGUCGCUGAUGGAGAAUCCUUGGGCGAUCGCUGUGGCUGCUCUGAUGAUCAUUGGCUUCCUGCUCCUCAUUCUUUGCCUUAUCUUCUCCUUCAUGUCUUUGUGUGGCCAACUCAGAACUGGACUUUUUAUUCCCAUUGGAAUACUUCUACUCAUCGUUGCGAUUAUCCAAAUCAUCGCUCUGAUCGUUUACCCCGUCAACUUCAACGACCUCAUCUACGAGGGCAGCUAUUACUACACCUGGGCGUACGGGUUCGGCUGGGGAGCCACCAUCCUGUGCAUCGGCCUCUCCCUCAUCUUCUUCUGUCUGCCCAGAUGGGAGAACGAAAUAGUUGGAGAGCAAAAGAUCAAAUACAUCUACGAGUCUAAGUAAAGACCUGCCCCAUUACAGUCAUGUCCACCUUUGGAACUCUAUUUUAGAUCGAGUCUUAAAAACUUCUCUUUUUUUAAACCAAACUUUUUUUUUGUUUGUUUUACCUAAAUCUUUUCCCAAUGCACCAAGUGCACUCACCCUAACUGAGGUAAAAGGCUAAUUUCUGUAAGCUGUUAGAUUUUUUUACAGGACAUAUACAUGAAUCCUAAAUCGUCCUGUGUGCUAAGUUUUUCAUUAACUCCACGUGUUGCAUUAUGCGAAGGGAAAUGCUUGGAAAGGCUGAAUGUAAACUAUUCAUGCACCUUUUAUGAAUUUUCAAAAACUUCUUUUUGUCUGGAAUUUUAAAAAAUAUUCUUAUAUUACUAAAGUAGUAUAUCUGGGGAAUGUGUUGUGUGUUCGGAGGUAAAGUCAGUGUGAUUCGUGUGUUCUUUGUGAUGGGUGUUUCGGUUCUAUAAAAACAGGGCUAAAAUCUAAAAAUCACUCAAACCUUUUUGAGGUAAUGUAUUUUUUCCCCUUUAAUUACUAACAAUAACUUCUUGUAUUAUUUCUAGCAAAUUACUUAAGUGUGGUUCAAGCUUAUUUAAGCUGCCUUUUUGAAAUCUGGUUGAAAAGGAACUCCAUCAGUUGGUUUAUUUGGUUUUUAAAUUGUAUCUUAGCAGGUACGUGUUAAUAUGCAUUUGUUUGACCAUAUUUCAUUUAGGUUAAAGCUUUAUUAGUGACAAAAAAAAGAGGAAUCAGAUUUUUUUUAAAUGCAUUGCGGGUUUGAUGAAGAGACGCAGACCAGUGUCUGAUAAUCGUCCGUUAAGUUGUGCCUUAACUUCCUCUGUUUUUGUUUAAACCUUAAAUCCAACUGGUGGAACUGGUUUCAGGGACUCUGUUCAUGUCUAAACCAGCUCCUGCCCAAACAUGAUCGGGUUAUUCCUCUGAACUCUAAAUAGAUGAAAAGAUUUCAAAUGACUAGGAAUAGAUUUCAAACAGUUAUUGCUGUCGAGUUGCCAAAAAUCAGUAAACCAGCGUUUAAGUGUUGAACGUUUAUAUUUUUAUCUGAUAGAAAUAAAAGUUUUGCUGUAAAGCAUUAAAGCAUUGCUGUACUAAAGAGAAAUCUACUUGGGGAAACACUCAGCUGUAUUUUUUCUGCUGUUAUAUGAACUAUUUGUGGUAGUUUGUGUAUUUUUAUGCAAUAAAAACGUCUUUUUUGAA